AUGAGCACGCAUCCCAUAUAUGCAGACUACGGCAAUGAGGGUAGCCGUGAAGCCAAGAUCGCACUUUCUGCUCUUGCGCACACCCUACACAUGGACCCGCUGGUACUCAAGAUUGCUCUUUCUAAUGCUUUCGAUAUCCUGCACACCACUGGCGGCAAUCCAACGCUCGCGCUGCACAUAAGCUUCAAUCAGUUGAACUACUACAUCGACGGCAGCACUCUGGAUAGGAUCAUCGCGGCUUUCUGUGAUGCCUUUGCAUUCAUGCUCAGUGACAAGAAGGGUGAGUGGAACAUACCGUGA